UGUGAUGGUUCUUCGAUGCACAUGGAAUGGCCGUGGGUGGAUGCGAGGCGAAGUACGGCGGACAACUUGAGACAGGACUGCAGAAUUCGCUUGUGAUUUCAUUGAAGAAUAGAACGUAAACAAAAAACAACGGAUAUUAUGCAUUUUAAUUUUUAUAUUUUACUUUUGACUGGUGGGGGGAGUGUGGGUAAUUUUUUUUAGUCAUUUGAUUGUGUGUGAGGGCAUCCUCCAUGGUGAGGGUCACAAUUUCUUCAAGUUCAACUUCUUAAAAAAAGUUUUAAACUAGGAUUUUGACUUUUGUUGUUGUACAGUAACAGUGGGUGUGCACCCCCCCCCCAAAAAAAAAACCAAGAUGGCAAAUUUGAAUUAUCACAACCGAGUGUCUCCGUUGUUUCCCGCAGCACAAGCGAUGAAACCAAUGCCAACUUCAAUUGCAACUGGCAAUGCCAGUGGUGUUGUGCCUGGGGUCAACACUUUAAUAAAGCCCACUAUUGGCCGUUCUCAAAGUGGAGUACAAUCUAUGCAAAAUCUUGGUGGAAAUGCGAGGGGUGCACCACCAAGAAGCAGGGCUGCGACAGCACCAUUUACGUCUUCUUCAGGACGAGGGAUGGUGGGUGGCACACCAUUAGCGGCAGCAACUCAAAGUCUAACUGAAGCGCAGUUACAGGAGAAAGCAUUUGCUGCCCGAAUGAUGGGUGCACCAGUGGCUGAAAUGCCAAGCAGAACAGCACCGGGUGUUAUGAAUCAGGUACCUAUGCAUCAUCAGCAGCAACAGCAGCAGCAGCAGCAACAACAGCCUAGCCACAGCGUGAAGCAGACACAACAGCAGCAACCAUGGUUUCUAAGUCAGCUGCAACAACAGAAGCAGCCACAACAACAAAAUCAGCUGCAACAACAAAAUCAGCCGCAACAACAGUUACACCCGCAGCAGCAGCAGCAGGCGAGAAAGGCUUCUCCAUCUGUAAAAACUGUCCACCAGCCACUAAGCAGUUUAAAAUCUCAAAGCAUGCAGUCGCAGUUUCCUCAGCAGCAGCAACACUUUCCACAGCAACAGCAGCAGCUACCACAGCAGCAGCAACAGCUGCAGAUAUCGCAUCAGCAGCAGCCACCACAUCAACAACAGCAGCUACCACGUCAACAGCAGCAGCUUCCAAAGCAACAACAGUUAUCGCAGCAGCAGAGCUUUCAACACAAAAAAACAAGUCUUGCUACGACGAAUUCCGGGAGAUUGAGCCAAAAUAAAACAACACGAUGGGGUCAAUGGGAGCGGAAUAAGAGUAAUAAACCAAAUAAGAAUGCAGUACCAAUUGUAAAGGGGAUGCCUGAGUCUUCACAAAAGUCAGCCUGGUCGAUAGAGAAGAUCGUGAACACCGGACCUGGUCUUCUGGGUGCUUUUCCCACUUCUCAGAGUAGUUCAAUUCCAGUUAGUCAUGGUCAAAGUCAACCACAUCACAUUGGUGUUGGGUCUACACCAAUUACAAGUAAAGGCAAGACGACAAUGCCUUAUGACUCCAAUAUGGUCAUUUCCACACUGGCCGUAGUGCAGACGAGACCACCUCAAGUCAGCAUAAUGGAUAUCCUUAAAGGGUUAAAUUCCACCGAGGCGGAGAUUUUACGCAAAGCUUUACUCUCCGGGAACACAGAUAGUCUAGGGUUAACGUCGGCUAAUGCGUUGGACAUUCUUCAAGCUUUGAGAAGCCUUCAAUCUGGCGUGACUCCAGCAGACUCAAGAAAUGAGUCAAGCAAACCUUUUGAAGAAAUCAGCACCAACUGGCCAGGGAUUGAUGAAGUUCUGAAAGUCCCGAGUUCGGACGUAGCUUUGAAAGGUCUGAGACCAACGUCACCAGCCACUGAUCCCAGUCGUGGUUUGGGAACCAUUCUGGAGAUGUUGCGGUCGAGUCAGGAUAUCGACGACAAGCCAGCCGGAGGACCAUCCAAUUUUAUACAGUACAUCAGCGAGCCGGACUCAAGCUUCAACGAUAAUUGUACACCAUCAAGAGAAAUCAAUCAUCUUCAACCUAAUUUUCCUUCCGACAUGUCCAUUAUGCGUUUACCAUCCAAAGAAGAUACAACCAUAACACCAUGUGUGGGCCUCUUCGCUACAUGUACGUCGACCCCCAUGUCGGGUUUUAUUCCUUUCUUGUCCGACCCCACAGGAGAAAACACCAUAUCAGCCAGUGGAGGAAAAGCAACAGUACGGAAAGGUGAAAGGUCAAGUGAUGGACCAGAUUCUUCAAAACAAAGAAAAACAAGUAAUGGAGAGACGAGACAUGAUAAUAGGUACGACGGAGAAGGUUCUGCUCAGAGGAAGGCUGAUACAAAGAUCGGCGACAGAAACAGACAUGAUGAUCGACAGAGAGACGAUCGACAGAGAGAUAGAGAGAGGACCUCCCGGCACGACAGAGGUCGCUCAGCAACAGGGAGAGACGACGAUAGAAGGUCGCAGAGUUAUCGUAGAGAUGAUGGUAGGAAGAGGGGAUAUUGUUCACCAUCAAGGAGAGGGAGGACGAGAAGUCGCAGCCGAGAGAGAAAGGAGCGUCGUUCCAGAUCCAGGGCAGCUUCAGGUGGUGACAGAGUCAGGGUAAACCAACGCGAAGGCCAGAACCGGAGAGGAGAGAGCCCUACUCACAAACGGAUGAAAACUGGUGAGUCUAGCACCAAAGAAUCCACCGCUGACAGAAACUCAAGUGGUAGACCUAAUCAGGGAGGUACAACCCCACGCUUGGAUCAACAGAAGGCUGUCGCUCCUGAGAAUAAGAAGUCGACAACUGAGCAGUCUACAACAGAGAAGUCGACAACUGAGAAGUUGACAACUGAGAAGUCGGAUGUGAAACAGCAAUCAGCUGAACAGCCCAAAGUUGACGAAAGGAAACAGGAUUUGCCAAAGUCUCCAACCAAAAUUCAACCCCUGAUGGCAAUUGUUACUUCUAGGCAUGCUGAAAUAAAAUCCUCCGCUAGUCAUUUGACACCAACCUCUUCACGCCCAAGUACCUCAGCUUUGACCGACGCUAAGAUGGCAGUCAGGGAGCAAGCCAAGGCAAAGAAGAAGAAGGCUGUGAAAGGGACCCUGACCGCUGAAGAAGCCAAGAAGGUGGCGGGAACCCUGAACAAUACACCUUUGAUCAAUAACAUCGGUGAAAGCAGUAUUUCUCAUCAGCUGAAACAGUUGAAGGAAGUUGGAGUGGAUAAGCAUGUGGAGACGAAGGAGUUGGUCGACUGGUAUUGCUAUGUGUGCGGAAUGUUCUGCACGUCAUGGGCUCCGUACAUCACUCAUGUGGAGGGACGCAAACAUAAGUCAAUGUUUACGAAGCUACAUGAGAUCGGUCAUGCAGCUCUUAAGAGGGUACUCAUCUCCAAGCUGGAGGAACUACCCGAGAAAGGACAAGGCGAUCCCAACAAAUGGGUCACAAUUAGGCAACCUAACUUUGGUCAACACCAGAUAUCCCAGCUAAGCAUCAACUCUGUUCCGGGUGAUUCUGAUGAGCAGAUCUACUUUUGUCGUAAAUGUUUCCGGACCUACAUUGGAAGUCAUAAAGAUCACCUAGGGUCGCCUGAACACAAGAAAUACGUGGCAAUGCGACCAAGAUGCAAGGCGUGUAACUUGACGUUUGUCACCCGUAAAUACUACCAGAAACAUCUUCAGUAUGCAGCUCAUGCUGUGGCUGCAAAAAACGCUGCUGAUGCUGCGAAGGAGAAGGACGGGUCGAAGGAAUCGGAUCAAAUGAGUGAUGAAGGAUCUGAAGGGAAGGAAAAGGGGAAAAAGGACCCGUCUCAGAGCAAAAAGAAGAUUACAGGACCGGAGUUUAUCAUCCCAAUCUCUGGCUUCUUCUGCAAGCUUUGCUCCAAGUUUUACAACAAAGAAAAGGCAGCGAUGGAGUAUCAUUGUUCUACGGACCUCCAUGAUAAAAAAGUCAAGGAAUAUUACACAAGUCGAAUCAAGUCAUCAGUUGCUAGUCUUAAGGCAAGUCCAGGAAUAUUAGUCAAUGAAGCGGGACCAUCGUCAACAACAACAAUCAACAAAGAAAUCGACAAAGCCAAGCCAUCGUCAACGACAACAGUCAACAAAGUGAAACCAUCGUCAAUGACAAUGAUCAACAAAGAAAUCAACAAAGCAAAACCGUUGUCAUCGACAACAAUCAAUAAAGAAAUCAGUAAGGCAAAAACAUCGUCAAUGACAACAAUCCACAAAGAAACCAAUGUAGCAAAACCGUCGUCAACGCUAACAAUCCACAAAGAAAUCAGUAAGGCAAAACCAUCGUCAACGACAACAAUCCAUAAUGAAACCAAUGUAGCAAAACCGUCGUCAAUGACAACAAUCAAGAAGGAAGAUUCAUCCCAGAAAGCAGCAACAAUUAUCAAGAAAGAACUAACGAUGGAAGAGAUUUUGCCGAUGCAAUCAACGCAAACACUUGUCCUAUCCAUUCCAAAGAUGUCCUCAUCUAAAAUCGCAGCCCUUAAAGCACCAAACUCUGAGGCAUCAAAGAAAGCUAAAUUCAUGCCAUCCCAUCAUGCUACUGUGGAAUAUGUUGCGCCAAAAAGUACUCCACUUGAAAAUACUACUCCCAAGAAUAUUUCAUCCAAGACGACGGUGAAUGAAACAACAACCGAAACUAGCAGAAACGUCUUUACAACCUUGUUAAGCCCAAGUGCGACAACUACAUCAUCGAGACCUUUGUCGGGCUCUGAUGAAGAUUUUCUUGGAUCUAAAAUACCUGACGCGAAAGAAAACUCCAGUAUGCAAGAUGACAUCACAAAUUCUUCAGAAAUGGAAGUGUCCGACACCCAGAUGGACCAAGAGCACAAACCAGACUCAAGUGAGAAUGAGAACGAAACAGGCGCGGCGCAGGAUGUCGACUGGUUCGGAGAGAUGCCCGACUUUGAGAAUAUGAUUUCCAUUGACGAGGUCGGGGAAUCAGACGACGAGGAAGACUGUGAAAUAAUUGAGGGGGAAUGGGAGGUCAUUUCUGAAACGGACGAAGACCAAAUUGUUGAGAUAGAGUAGCCCUCUCAUUUAAUACAUAAAUAUCAUAGUGGCUACUUAAAUAGCGCUGAAAUCCAUCACUCUGUGGUGCUGUAACAGUAUUAUAAUUCAUCCUGCAAGGUACAAUGUAUGUGGAGCUAUGUUUUAAAAUAUGAGACAAAUUCCAAUCUAUUAAAUGAGACCUAUUCCUUCACGCAGCACCAUGUAAUGGUUUACAAGGUGCUGUGCUGCAAUAUGCUGCUGAUCAAGCCAGGAAAACACCGGGCAAACCCCUUUAUCUUUACAGUAAGUGCACUGGGUCCUUUUACUUGCGUUCUUCAUAACACACUGCACCUGCGCCUAUACGUCCAGUCCAAAGGCAAAGCGAUAAUGGUUAAGUGUCUUGCUUUAAGGACACAAGUGUCAAGACGGGACUCGUAACCACCCUCUGCUCUGAUCAGAAACACCAGAGCUUGAGUCAUGUGCUCUUAUCUGCUCAGAUUAUUCGGGAACAUUUUAAUAUUUAUAUAUGUGUGUGAGAUGGAGAAUACUUCUGAAAUACUUGUAACUUGAAAGGGUUGGUCGUGUUCCUUACAAAUGUGUCUUGUAGCUGGUUAAUAGACCGAUCCAUUAAGCUCCGCCCCAUUGCGUAUUGACCAAUCACAACGCAACGAAGGUCCGACAAA